UGAUCAGUAACAUCACAAAACACACUAGAGUAGCAAAUCAAAAGAAACUUGACAAAUCAUUACUCUCUAAUGGCAAGACACAUGCCAAACUCUUCGUAUUUCUUUGUCUUCUUGAUUUUAGUUGCUGCUGUUCAAUUAACAGUUGUAGAAGGUACAUGUUCACAAUUUCUGGGUUCAUGUGUUGGUCUUGACUGUGGUUAUGCUUGUUUGGUUCAAUACCCAAACGACGGAAAAGGAUCAUGUUACUACCACAACCUAUGCACUUGUUUUUUUGAUCGUGGGCCUCUAAAAAAUACAACCCAACAUUUGAGACAAUGCAACAUUGGAUAUGGAGAAUGCAAUGCUGAUUGUGAUUUGUCUUGUUGCAAUUCAAAAUGUAAACGCUUUAAGGAUGGUAUUGGAACUUGUGUUGAAAAUUCUGGUAUCAACUUAUGCAUUUGUCACUUUAGUCCUCAAUAGUAUUCAUAUAUUCAAAUAUAGUAUUUCAAAUAAAUUCAUGAGAUUAAUUUA